GGGUGUUCCAUCCGGCUCACAGUCGGCGGGGUAUUGACAAGUGGUGGUUCGUCGGAACAAUCCAGUGCGAUACUGGUAUCGACUAUAAUUUGUGAGUGUGUGUGUGUGUUCGUGCGUUGAGAACGGGAGGACUAUCAUGCUGCGUUUCUUCCAAAUCGACUGAAGGACUUGAUCAGCUCCGUGGUCCGAAAUGGAAACGAGCUGGCUCGAGUGCCGCUCCAAGAGGAAAUACUCUCCAUUAUUCACUUUCCAGCGCCGACUACGGCAUCUCAGAGAAAUUUCUUUCCGGAAUCUCUCGAUUCCCGAGGGCUGCCGAGAGGUCCAACUCAAGCUCCUCGACUCUAAGAGCGAUCUCAUCUGUGAGGCUGAAUCCCUUGAAGCCACGAGCAAUCCACACUGGAGGAGCUUGUCCCUGACGGGCGGCUCGCCGACAAGUAAAGACGUAAUUGUACAAAUUUUCGCGGACGACCGUCUCAUAGUCGAAUGGAGGCUAUAUUUCUCUGGAUUGAUAUUCGUCUCGAGACAUUGGCCGAAUGAGUCGGUGAUUCUCGCCCCGAACUCCAUGCUAGUGAUGUUUGCCGAGGGAGUCUACUGUGAUAAGACAUGCUUUGAUAUCUGUGAUAAUGCUAAAGAUUGCAACCAGGCGGCUCGUGGUACUUCGGAUGGCGUCAUCGUCAACGCGGAGGCUCUCUGUGACGUGCGGUCUGCUGUGACUGUAGACACAAGACGACUGAAGAAAUCAUACGGAAUCAACGCUCUCAAUCGACUGUACACGAACGAAAGAGCCAUCUUACGCACUGCCGUCACUGCGCACAACCUGAGGAGCAGCCUCGAGGACCGAAUCGAUGCCGAAGCCGAGUCGUCUUCGGAAGAACUCCGUUGCAUGAUCGAAACUGCCCGGGUGAAGUGUAAGGCCCUGAGGAGACUCCUCGAAGAGCGGUCUCAGCUCCUAGAUAGAGAGACUAAACAAUUGAUCGCGGAAGAUAAUGUGGUACUUCAGAAACAAGACGAGAUCGCAGCCUGCAAGGACUCGUUUCAUGAGUUGAAGGAGAAUUUGAGCCUUGAGAGGGAAGCGGUGAAGCAGAUGAGGAGCGACUUGGAUUCCUUGCCUCUUCUACAACGCCAACUAGCCCUCAUCUGUGAGCUCGACGACUACAUCUAUCCCAUUCGACAGGUAGAUAUCUUCGUACCGAUCCUCCAGGUGCCGAAAGGCUAUACCAUCUGUUCGAUGUUCAUUCCAUCAUCACUCAGCGACUUCAAAGAUCCGAGGAAAAUUUCAGAUGAUCAAGUUGUGUCAACUGGAAUGGCAUAUCUCUUCCACCUGGUCACCAUGCUUUCGACGUUCACUGGAGUUCCCUUGAUCUAUCCUCUGAAAUACGAGAAGAAUCUUCCGAUGGUGGUCGAUAUCAGCAUGGAUUCCUUUCACCAUAAAGAAUUCCCACUGUGGGUGAGGGGCAAAGACAGGGUGUACUUCGAGCAUGCGGUUCCUCUGCUCGCCCUGAACGUGGCAGAUCUUCGGAUCCAGUUCAAACUUCCAUCAAUGAGAGGCCGACUGAUGCCAGGACUUUGGAAUCUCGUAAGACACUUCCGAGAGGAACGAGCGCGUUUAGGCCCGAUAGAAUCUGGCGAACUCGGUAUUUCCGUGUCGAAGCACAUGACAGCAGACGAUUGGAUGACGCCCUCCCUCAGUAAUACGCCUGAGCAUAGCUCCCCGGUUGGAACUCCUCGGCUAAGUUUGAGGAUACAUUCCGUGCCUAAUCUCGUGUCACACAGCAGCGAUUCGUUGGAAAUCGACGUUGGAGCAGCGAGUGACCACCUCAGCUGAUGAUUUCAUUUGCUUAUGAAUAGAGGACCGGUGUGCACUAAUGCCUUAUACAGGAAUAAAGAUGCCCCCCGAGCGGGGAUUCUUAAUUCGCCAAGAGA